AUGGCUAAACCUGGACGUGCAGUUCCAGCAAAAAAAAAAGACAGCACAAGAUUUUAUCCUUAUUUUAAGGAUUGUGUGGGAGCUAUUGAUGAAACUCAUAUCCUUGCAAUGAUACCAGGAGAAGACACGGCUAGCUACCGUAAUCAAAAAGGCCAAUUAUCGCAAAAUGUGUUAGCUGCAUGUAAUUUUAAUUUAGAAUUUACAUAUGUUCUUAGCGGGUGGGAAGGUUCAGCUCACGAUGCGAAGGUAUUACACAAUGCUUUGAAAAGAAACACAAACAAAUUGAUAGUUCCUGAAGAAGACGAUGUUAUCGAAGAAACUAGUGUUGAUGAAAGAAAUGAUGACGAGAAUAAUGAGGAAGAACAACUUCAUGAUACUCAAGAACAACAAAGAGGACAUGCUAAUAACUGGAGAGCAAAUAUAGCUGCAAGCAUGUGGACUGAUGCUAUGAAUAUGGAGUCAUAA